AUGUUUUAUACUUUCGUUGAAGCACUACCCUACAAUCCGGACCGCAAACAGUUUCUGUUUGUGACCUUAGUAGCCGCAGUUCUAGUCUUCCUCUUCUUUGUCCAGCUUCGUGGCUCAAAGGUCAAAUCUCAGUACCCCCUCGUGGGCUUUAAUCUCAAAAAUAAGCUAUUCACGAGCGUACGCCAGCGGUGGUUCUGGUUCAAGCAUGGCCCAGAACUUAUACACGACUCUUUUAAGAAGUUUCCCGAUGCGAUCUUCACCCUCCCAUCACUCGAUCGCACUUCCAUAGUUCUACCUCCUCGCUUUCUGCAGGAGAUUAGAGACCUUCCUGGCACCAUCGGCAACAACUCUCAUGCAACCUCGGAUUUUUUUAUCGGCGAUUGGACAACGCUGGAUUACGAGAUCUUUAACCAUUCUACAAUUGAUGCCAUCAAGACACAAUACAUUGCCAAGAUUGGCCAACAAAUUGGGCCCGCUUCGGACGAGGCAUCAUACGCUUUUAACAAACAUUUUGGUCGAUAUGAAGACUGGACUCCCAUCGUGGCCCAGCCCAGAAUUCUGCAACUUGUGUCACAAAUGGUAGCUCGUACCAUUGUAGGGCCAGACAUAUGUCGUGAUCCGGAAUGGGUUCCAGCUGUGAUCACUUAUGCACAGAAUGUUUUCAUGGCCGCAGUUGCCUUCAAGCUUGUGCCUGAUAUGGCAAGACCCUUUGCAGGACUCUUUACGCCUUACCUCUACCGUAUUCAUAGGGCUCGCCGUACCAUCAGGAGACUCGUCCGCCCAGCGAUCGAACAAACGAUGGCUUGGCGUCGUGAAAACCCCGAGUCCUGGACAGCACAUACUAAAGAUGACACAGUGACGACGCUGGAGUGGCUAGUAGAGACAUCCGAGCCUAAAGAUGCAACUGUGCCAAUGAUUGCUCAUCGUCUUACUGGUGUUAGCUUUGGUGCAGCUCAUACAACUUCGAACACCAUCACAAACGCCAUUCUAGACCUGGCCAACGACUUUGACCAUUGGGCACCACCGCUACGACAAGAAAUCGGUAGCGUCCUAGGUGAAAACUCGAUCACCAGUCUUUCUAACUCCGAUCUGUCCAAAAUGUGGAAGCUCGACAGCUUCCUGAAAGAGUCACAGAGAUUUCAUCCUCCAUCAAAGCUCUCUGUCAACCGAAAGAUGAUGAAAGAUCACACUCUCUUUUCAGGAGAUGUUCUUCCCAAGGACGCCCAUGUUUCAUUCGCUGGAGUACCCAUGUCCAUGUCUGAGGAAUUUCUCAAAAACGCCGAAGAAUUCGACGGUUUCCGUUUUGAGCGCCUCCGCCGUAAUCCCGAAACGGAUCAUAACGGUUUGCAAUUCACUUCCUCUUACGCAGGUAGCCUACAUUUUGGACACGGUCGAUACAUGUGCCCUGGAAGAUUUAUGGGCAGUUUGAUCAGCAAGCUGAUGGUGAUUGAGCUGUUGAGGCGAUAUGACCUAAAGCUACAAGAGGGAGGCCGGCCUAAAAAUAUCAUGUUCUUUGACAUGGAUAUCCCAGAUCCCAAGUAUGAGAUCUUGUUCCGUGACAGGAAGGCUUAA